AUGUAUUCUGCGGUAGCUCCAAUUAAAUCAGUUCAAGUGGACGACAUAGACAUUCACUUCAAGGACUCCCUCUACGAGGCUUCUUAUCACCUCUACACGCAAAAAAUACACUCCAUAUGGAUCAGAGGAACAAUUUUAUCAAUCGACUAUGAGAAUCAGCACUUUGACUUUGACGACGGCUUUGGGAGAAUAUUAAGGAUUCAGUACUGCAAAGCGUACAUUUUGCCACAGCUAUGUGAUACCUCUGUACUUACGGUUGGGGCUAAAGUAUCGAUUAUUUGUGGAAUUUCUCACAUUAUAUUAGACAACGAGGCGCUAUUGCAUUUUAAGUUGAUAAAAAUUUCUGAGUUGGUGGAAUCUGACCAAGACUAUUGGCCUCUCAAGGUAGCUUGUGUAUACUAUGAACAAGAUUCGCAGAUUAGUGAGUGGCACUUUCGUGUUGGUGUGGCAUUUAAAGACCGAUUUGCAGCCACUAAUGGCAUGGACUGGGAUAGGUUGGGAGAGACUAUGAUUACAUCAUCAAAUGACAAGACGGUAUACAUAUAUUCUGUAAACAAGGCGGGUGUAACAAAUGUGCUUCAAAGCAAAAAACAUGGUGUGGAACUUGUAAAGUUUACACACGAAGGACCUAGACAGAUUGUAUGUUCGUCGUCAAAAGAGGCUCCUCAAGCUGCUGUGCGUCUGUGGGAUAUUAUUGAGAAUAGAUACAUAAAGAGUUUUCCACUAACAAUACCACUCUGUAAGGGAGUUGGAAUUUUAUCGCACCCGACUCGAAAUUUGAUGUUGACCAAUGACACUGAUGGAAAUGUUUCCAUUUAUUCUCAUGAUAACGUGUCACCAAUGGUGAGUUAA